AUGUCUUUUGCCGAAUUCAUCUCCGUGACUUUCCCCAAUGCCUCUACUGAGCUCAAGCCCAUCCCUGGGGCCAAGGCGGACCCAGACUUUAUUGAGCGUUAUUCUCGUGGGCUAGACGACUAUGACUUCAACUAUACGCUCAUUCCGUACGGAUCGGGCGGUUACGACCCUUUCACGAUCGGGGCUACCAUCCUCGCCAGGACCAAGAAGCUCAACAUCAUCAUUGCUCUGAGGCCAAACACUAUGUUCCCCACCGUUGCCGCUAAGAUGCUCGCCACCCUAAACCACCUCGGCAGAGGUCGAGUCGUCGUGCAUUUUAUUGCUGGGGGCAGCGAUGCUGAGCAAGCCAGGGAGGGUGAUUUCCUCGACAAGGACUCAAGAUACGCCAGGCUCGAGGAGUACAUCAAGAUUCUCCGCCGCGCAUGGGAGUCGUCCGAGCCCUUCGACUGGGACGGCCAGUUCUAUAAGUUCAAGGACUUCUCAAAUGCUGUUCAGCCCGUGGGCGGAGCACGUGCCAUCAAGAUCUCAGUUGGCGGCUCGUCUCCACAGGCGUACCAGGUCGGCGGCUCCCUGGCAGAUAUUUUCGGCCUGUGGGGCGAGCCCUUGAAGGAGACCAAGGAGCAGAUCGAUAAGAUUUACGCAGAGGCUGAUAAGGCUGGCCGGGCUAAGGAUGACCGGCCAAGAAUCUGGGUCACCUUCCGACCCAUUAUCGCGGAGUCAGAAGACCUUGCAUGGGCCAAGGCCUACAGGACACUCGAUGCGCUCAAGGGCAAUGGCGGUGCCGCAUGGGCAGGGCAGGGCAAGGCGCCACCAGCUACCGGCACACCUCAGAACGUGGGCUCUCAACGCCUGCUAGAAAUUGCCAAGCGGGGUGAGGUGCAGGACAGGUGUUUGUGGUACCCUACUGUCACUGCAACAAAUGCGCGAGGCGCUUCCACGGCUCUCGUCGGAUCAUACGACACCGUCGCGGAGUCGAUUUUGGACUAUGUCGAUCUUGGCGCAGAUCUGAUCUCUAUCCGUGGCUAUGACAACCUUAACGAUAGCAUUGACUAUGGACGGUAUAUCUUGCCCCGGGUCCGGGAAGGCUUGGCUAAGCGGACAGCAAAAGCUACUCAAUAG